AUGCCGGCUGGGAUGCGCAGACUGCAGCCGGAUAUUUUAAUUUCUGUGUACGCUCUACUGCUGGGAUUUUGCGAAGAUUACAAACGCGUAGUGAUCAACGCUCGUCAUGAGUUGAUUUUAAUACGAGCGCGCAACGACAACAAUUGUCUGACGGGAGAUCCGGCGAUAGAGCCAACGCUCGAAUUAUUCAAAGUACAAGUAAAGUGGCGAAUGCCGCACGUGUUAUUGAGCGAGAUAAAUAAGCUGUCGAUGCUGCGCGCUUUGGAGAGCGGACGAUAUCUGAGCAUGGCUUUUCGCUCGUGGGAUCUGUACGAAUUUUCGCUCUUGCAGAGCACAACCAAGCAUUCGUGGGCCAUCAAGACGGCUACUCAACUCGAGAAGCCGCGCUACGUUAUUUUCGCUAUGCAAACAGGUCGAAAAAACGUCAUGUCCGAGAAUGUAAGUCGAUUCGACGAUUGCAAAUUAAUCAAUGCGAAACUUUACCUGAAUUCGGAAUGUUAUCCGUACGAUGACUUCAAUCUGGAUUUUGACAAAAAAAGAUGUGCGAUUCUGUAUGACUUGUACGCGCGUUUCUGCAAGGGCUACUACGGAUACGAGUAUCUCGAGCCGAGUCUCACCUUUAUAACUUUUUCACGUAAUGAUCCAUUCGUGAUUAUCGAUUGCUUUCGACAGAACGAAUCAGUCAAGAGUGGCACCGUAGACGUGCGAUUAGACUUUGAAUGUAAAGAGAAUGUAUCCGCAAAUACAACAGCCUAUUGUCUCAUCAUACACGAUUGCGUGGUUCAAUAUAAUCCAUUGACCAAUGUUGUGCGCAAAAUCACCUAA